AUGCUAAUCCGCAUCCCGCUGCUGCUCUGCUGCAGCCUCCAGUCGCGGUGCGGCCUCCGCACUCUCGGCGUUCGCCUCUCGCCCUGCUGCAGCAUCCGUGCCCAUCUCUGGCAGCCGUUCGCCGAGCGCCUCCUCAAAGCAUGCGAGAACCUCGUCGCUCUGAAGGCAAGUCACGAGGACGUCGUCAACCGCGCGGAGGCUCCCCCGCAGGGCCGCCGUCCGUCGGUCAAGUCGCUGGCCAGCCUCUUCUAA